GGGGCAGGGUGCUUGAAAAAGAAGGGGCGGGAGGGUCGAGGGUCCGGUCGGAAACCCUCAGCCCAGCUUGCACCUUCUGAGCCCCCGAGACCCCGCCACUUGCUCCCGGGGCGGGGCGGGGCUGCUGCCCCGUGACCCGAUUGCUAUGGCACCGGCGGUAACAGUCUGGCCCGCGGCCCCGCCCCUUCUCACCUCCGAUCUCCCCACCCGAACCCACCCCUCCUCCCAAGCCCUGGGAAGGGCCUCCCCGCCCCUUCGGGGUCCCAGACACGCACGGAGACACUCCAGCUUCAGGGCGCUCUGUGAGUGAAGGCCGCUCUAGGACAAGCAAGAUUAAAGCAGGCCCGGGGAGGGCCCACCCAAGCCCUGGAUUUGGAAACCGGAGGAUCAAGAAGUGCCUGCACCCUGUGCCUUUCAUCCAGACUAAUCUGACUGCAGUGACUCUUGUUCAAGGGACGAUCACUUUGGAUAGCUUAUUACAGCUCCUCUCACGAUACUCCUGGUGUGCAUGUCACAAGUCGAUAGGAUCAAGAACCAAGUCGGUUUUGCUCUCAGGGGCUCUUGGGGCCACCAGUCAAGAGACUCCCUCAUUCCGGUCCUGCUGUGUGAGGAUGCUGAGGGAGACCCAGCAGAAAGCAAGCCUCCUCUCCACCUGGGACCUGGCAGGAAGCCUGGAUGUGUCCUCCACACACACACACCCCCCACCCCAGUGUUCUGGCCCCUUCCACUUGCAGCAUCCCACUGGGGCCCUACCUCAGCGCAGCCUCCUCUGACCGACAGGGGGCACGUCCAAGCCUGGGCUCCAUGUGUGCUAGGGUCUCGUGGUGCAGGGACAGCCGGCCGUGGCACCUUCAAGGAUGCUGCGCGUGCUCAGCAAAACUGUGACGACAUGGAGGGCAGAACCCGCUGCCUUGCUCUGCUCAGAGGAGAUUCUGGACACGUCGUGGACCUCCUGGAUGACACUGGGACACUUUGUGAGGCACCAAAAGACAGUACUCCCCGCAGCGUCAAUGUCUCCAACCAGGGUCAUCCCUGCAAACUCCACAGGAGGCAGGGAGGGGCACCAGCGGCCAACCCCACCCUGGGGAUGGGCAGACCUCACCUCAGGGCUCCUGCCCCAAGCACAGAGUUGGGAAACGGCAUCUCCUCAGACUCGACUAGAAGGGUCUCAGUGCCGACCCUUCCCCUGCUUAGCCUGGAAAGGAUCCUUAGACUUUCCCACCAGCUGCAGAGUGGCAGAUGUUUUACAACAAUUUGGUCCCAACUGAUAAAAUCACAGAUUUUACAUGCUGUGACACAUUUCUCCAUCCCGGCCUUUGCUGACACCACAGGGAGGUGCUGGAGGCCGUGUGUGUGUGUGUGUGAGAGAGAGAGAGACACCCACAAUCUGGAGAAACUGAGGCCCGGAGAAACUCAUGUCUACAGCUGAGGGAAGGAAGUCUUGUUUCACGGCAAAGAACGUGCCUCUGGAGGGUAAAUGGGCUUGGGUCGGGCUUGGCUCCGUCGCGGACAGCCUGCCGGGUUCUCGAGCAAGUGCACAGCCUCCUAGGGCCUCAUUUCCUUCUCUGCAAAAUGGGGAUGAAAACAGUCCCUGCUCCCCAGCGUUGUGGGGAGCUGCUCAGCCCCGUGCGCCGCUGAGAGGGGCCGUGGGCAUCUCGCAACCCCCGAGCUGGAUCCGCGGGUCUGGCCCUGGGAGCUCAAGACUCUCCCCUUCCUUGCACAGACGCCUCCUUGCCUGUGAAUGAGCAGACAGGAUGAUGAAUGAGGUGAAAGAAUCCCUUCGAAGUGUGGAGCAGAAGUACCAGCUCUUCCAGCAGCAGCAGUUCACCUUCAUCGCUGCCCCGGAGCACUGCAGGGAGAAUGCCCACGACAAGAUCCGGCCCAUCUCCAGCAUUGGGCAGGUGCAGAGCUACAUGGAGCACUACUGCAGCAACUCCACAGACCGGCGCAUCCCGCUCGUGUUCCUGGACAUCUGCACAGAGGUCGGCAAGCUGUGCCAGCACUUUGAGGCACUGCACUCAGGCACCCCCGUCACCAACCACCUCCUCGAGAAAUGCAAGACCCUCGUUAGCCAAAGCAAAGGCUUAAGCAGCCUGCGAGCCAAGUGCCCUCCCGACAUGGCGAACCACCUCAGCUGCCACAAGGCCAAGAACCACUGUGGAGGCGUGGUCAGCCUCAUCCCCAUCGUCCUAGACGUGAUGAAAGAAUGGGUCGCCCACUCGGAGAAGCUGCCCCGCAAAGCUCUGCAGCACGUGAGUGAGCCCCAGGCAGCCACCAGGGCAGCCGCUCGUGCUCCCCAGGCCACAGGAACCCAGCCUCGGCUAAGAAAAGACAAGUGUGGGCAACUGACACAGGACAGCCUCAAACCUAUAGGGGCAAAACAGAGUUCAGAACUGCCCUGGAGACCAGCUGGUGGGAAACUGUAACUCAGCCGGUGACCUGCUUGAUCCCAGUCCCAUCCUGUCCCAUCCCGUCCCGUGGGGCACUUUGCUACUAAGCUUGGUUUCCA